CUUUACCCAGUGCUGGUGGCCCAACCAAGAAGGGUAGCCCGAUCCUUUUGACAUUACCAAGGUCUUUGACCCGUGAUUCUCUAGGGGGAAGCCUGCGAGUAGGACUUGAAGUUGGGGGAAAGUUUUUGAGUUUUUUUCUGAGAGGCUGGAGGUGAAGGAAGGAGAAGGAAAGGAGCCGGGAGAGCGCAGAAAUCAGCUGUAAGUCAGGGUCAAGGCCAGCCUAAAUCACGGGUGAGGAAACACCUUCAGCGCUUCUUUCCCUGCCUCAAAAAGAAAAAAAAAAAAAAAAAAAAACCACAUUCACACGUGUAUACCGAAGGACUGGAGUUGACAGUAGCUCCCAGCCUCCACCACCCCCAAACUCCCAUCCCUUAAAAUUGUCCCGACCCCCCAUUCCCACCCCUGGUGCUCAGCGCGCGCUAGGAGCUUCGGCGCACACGCACACGCACACACAUAUACACACACAUUCACACAGCACAGAGGCAGGGGCAGUAGCCGUACCGCCUCCUUCUCUUCACUCCUCCUCCUCCUCCUCCUCCUUCUCCACCUCCCCUCCCUCCUGGCGUUCGGGCGGCAGCAGUAGCUGGAGCAGCCUCAGCGGCAGCCGCUUCCCGGCAUGGUCUGCUAAGCCAGCCGGUCUGGCAACAGGAGUCCGAGGCAGAGAGGGCACAAGGAGGGGCUUUCAGACGUCAAAGGAAGGAAAGCAAAAGACAGACGCUCCGGACUUCUUGGGAUUGAUUGAUUCUCCACCUGGCCGAAGACCAUCUACCCUAAGCGGCGUUCUGCCGCCUGCUUUGGGUGCAGGGGCCGGGAAAAGGUGUUAGUGGGUGCGUGAGAUCACUUUGGGACACCGGGACUCGGACCUUCUUCGAUCCGGUGUGGCGAUGGGGCUCUACCGGGCUGCUGGAGCCGCUGUCCUGGUGCUGCUUGCCGGACAUUUCUCCCUGAGCUCGGCGCUGGAGGAAAAAAAAGUUUGCCAAGGAACAAGUAAUAAGCUGACCCAGUUGGGUACUUUUGAAGACCACUUCCUGAGUCUCCAAAGGAUGUUUAAUAAUUGUGAGGUAGUACUUGGAAAUUUGGAAAUUACCUAUGUCCAAAAAGGUUAUGACCUUUCCUUCCUAAAAACCAUUCAGGAGGUUUCUGGCUAUGUGCUUAUUGCUCUCAAUACAGUAGAGAAGAUUCCUUUGGAAAAUUUGCAGAUCAUCAGAGGAAAUGUGCUAUAUGAAAACUUUUAUGCGCUUUCUGUGCUCUCCAAUUAUGAUGUGAAUAAAACAGGAGUGAGGGAAUUGCCCAUGAGAAGUCUACUCGAAAUCCUUGUUGGUGGUGUUCGGUUCAACAAUAAUCCAGCUCUGUGUAAUGUAGAUACAAUCCAGUGGAAGGAUAUUGUGGACUCCAGCUUUUUCAACAAUAUCUCAAUAGACAAUAGCAAUCCUCCUAAGAGUUGUGAAAAGUGUAAUUCUACUUGUCCCAAUGGAAGCUGUUGGGGUCCUGGACCACACAAUUGCCAGACUUUGACAAAAACUAUCUGUGCACAGCAGUGCUCAGGACGCUGUCGGGGUAGUUCCCCCAGUGACUGUUGCCAUAACCAGUGUGCAGCGGGAUGUACUGGACCCCGAGAGAGUGACUGUUUGGUCUGCCGAAAAUUUCGAGAUGAAGCCACAUGCAAAGAUACCUGUCCCCCUCUGAUGCUGUACAACCCCACCACAUAUCAGAUGGAUGUAAAUCCAGACGGCAAAUACAGCUUUGGAGCCACCUGUGUACGCAAGUGCCCACAUAACUAUGUGGUGACGGACCAUGGUUCUUGUGUUCGUUCCUGUAAUGCCGAGACUUAUGAAGUGGAAGAAGAUGGUGUCCGAAAAUGUAAAAAGUGUGAAGGUCCAUGUAGUAAAGUUUGCAACGGAAUAGGAAUUGGUGAAUUUAAAGAUGUCCUCUCCAUCAAUGCGACAAACAUCAAACAAUUUGAGAAUUGUACCACAAUCAGCGGCGAUCUCCUUAUCUUGCCUGUUGCAUUUAAAGGUGAUUCCUUCACACAUACUCCACCGCUAGAUCCCAAAGAACUGAAUAUUCUCAGGACUGUGAAGGAAAUAUCAGGAUUUUUGCUGAUUCAGGCUUGGCCUGAAAACAUGACUGACCUUCAUGCUUUUGAACAUCUGGAAAUUAUACGGGGCCGAACAAAGCAACAUGGUCAGUUUUCUCUUGCUGUUGUUGGUUUGGACAUAACUUCCUUGGGCUUACGUUCCCUUAAGGAAAUCAGUGAUGGUGAUGUUGUCAUUUCAAGAAACAAACAACUCUGCUAUGCAAACACAAUAAACUGGACUAAACUGUUUGGAACAAAAAGUCAGAAAACCAAAAUCACAAACAACAAAGAUGAAAAAGAGUGUCAGGCUCUGGAGCAUGUUUGUCAUGCAUUGUGCUCAUCUGAUGGUUGCUGGGGUCCAAAACCAAGUCACUGCUUGUCUUGUCGCCAUGUAAGCCGUAACAAGAAAUGUGUCGCAAAAUGCAACAUUUUUGAGGGAGAACCAAGAGAAUACAUGGAGGAUCUGAAAUGUAUGCAGUGCCAUCCUGAGUGUCUGCCUCAGGUGCAGAAUCAAACCUGCACAGGACCGGGUCCUGACAAAUGUAUAGCGUGUGCUCACUUUAUAGAUGGUCCACACUGUGUUAAGACUUGUCCAGCUGGAAUCAUGGGAGAAAAUGAUACCUUGGUCUGGAAAUAUGCUGAUGCAAAUAAGGUUUGCCAACGAUGCCAUCCCAAUUGUACUUAUGGCUGUGACGGUCCAGGUCUUGAAGGCUGUCCCACACCUGGCCCCAGAAUUUCUUCCAUUGCUAUUGGAAUUGUCGGUGGCUUUCUUUUACUAAUAGUUUUGAGCCUUGGUAUUGGUCUCUUCAUUCGAAGGCGCCAUAUUGUCCGUAAACGCACACUACGCAGGCUGCUACAAGAAAGAGAGCUAGUUGAGCCUCUUACCCCCAGUGGAGAAGCUCCCAAUCAGGCUCUUUUACGGAUCCUCAAGGAGACAGAAUUUAAAAAGAUCAAAGUCCUUGGCUCUGGAGCUUUUGGCACAGUGUAUAAGGGACUGUGGAUUCCAGAAGGAGAGAAAGUGAAAAUUCCUGUCGCCAUUAAAGAGUUAAGAGAGGCUACUUCUCCGAAAGCCAAUAAGGAAAUUCUUGAUGAAGCCUAUGUAAUGGCCAGUGUGGACAAUCCCCAUGUGUGUCGUCUCCUGGGAAUCUGUCUGACUUCUACAGUCCAACUCAUAACACAGCUCAUGCCAUUCGGCUGCCUCCUGGACUACAUACGGGAACACAAGGACAACAUUGGCUCCCAGUACCUUCUCAACUGGUGUGUGCAGAUAGCCAAGGGGAUGAGUUACCUAGAAGAGCGCCGCUUAGUACACCGUGACUUAGCAGCCAGAAAUGUCCUUGUGAAGACACCUCAACAUGUCAAAAUUACAGAUUUUGGGCUGGCAAAAUUGCUUGGUGCUGAGGAAAAAGAAUACCAUGCAGAAGGAGGCAAGGUACCUAUUAAGUGGAUGGCUUUGGAAUCGAUUUUACACCGAAUUUAUACCCACCAAAGUGAUGUCUGGAGCUAUGGUGUCACAGUUUGGGAGCUAAUGACAUUUGGGUCCAAACCUUAUGAUGGAAUUCCUGCAAGUGAAAUUUCAUCUAUAUUAGAAAAAGGGGAACGCCUUCCCCAGCCACCCAUCUGCACUAUUGAUGUGUACAUGAUCAUGGUCAAAUGCUGGAUGAUAGAUGCUGAUAGUCGCCCCAAAUUUCGUGAGUUAAUUGUAGAAUUCUCUAAAAUGGCCCGUGAUCCUCAGCGCUACCUUGUUAUACAGGGAGAUGAAAGAAUGCACUUGCCAAGCCCCACAGACUCCAAAUUUUAUCGCACCCUGAUGGAAGAGGAAGACAUGGAAGAUAUCGUAGAUGCAGAUGAGUACCUCAUUCCGCAGCAAGGUUUCUUCAACAGCCCUUCCACAUCUCGCACACCUCUUCUAAGCUCUCUGAGUGCUACCAGCAAUAAUUCUGCCACAGUUUGCAUCGAUAGAAAUGGGCAGACUUGUCCUGUGAAGGAAGAAAGCUUCAUUCAGCGAUACAGUUCUGAUCCCACCACUGUCUUAUUUGAAGACAAUGUGGAUGAUAGCUUCCAGCCUGUACCAGAAUAUAUAAACCAGUCGGCUCCCAAAAACCGCAUGGGUUCUGCCAUCCAGAAUCCUGUCUAUCACAACCAGCCUUUAAACCCAGAUGCCUCUAAAGACUCUCUGUACCAAAACUCACACAACAGCAGUGCAGUGGACAACCCUGAGUAUCUCAACACAACCCAGCCUAACUUGGUCAAAAAGACCUUCGACAGCAAUUCUUGCUGGAACCCAACAGCCAACCACCCAAUCAGUUUGGACAACCCUGACUACCAGCAGGACUUCUUCCCCCAGGAAGCCAAGCCAAAUGGGGUUUUUAAAGUUCCUGCUGCAGAAAAUCCUGAGUACCUCAGAGUAGCAGCACAACAAAGUGAAUUCAUUCAAGCUUCAGCAUGACCCUUUGCCAAAAGCCUUCCUACCCUCUCUCCACUAGCCAGGGAAUCCAGCUGCCCUAGGACUGAGUUAUGGACAACAAAGGCAGCACGCAUGCGGUGUAGCCACUUACUCACAACUUUCCUUUCAAGCCCAUGGGCCAGACUUUGCCACAUUUGGCUUUCAUUUCCUUUGGUACGUUCUGGGACCUGUCUUCCAUUGGAACUGUCCCCCUACCUGGGCAUAUAAUGGAGUCGAUCCCAGGCAGAUUUCUGCAAGUGACAAAUUGCAGGUGCAUUCCUUCCUCUUUAAUCUGUGAGGCUUCCCAAAUCAACAGCAAGAUGCCCAGGAAGCAAAUUUUUCCGUUUGUACAGAAGUUAGUUGGUUUUUUUUUUCUACGCCGUACAUUUGAAAAAGUAAUAAUGUUUGUAAGUAUUUGUUUUCCUUCCAAGAUUCCAUUGGUACAUUCAUGAGAGAGAUCUUAUUGACUAUAACAUACACUUCCCUGAAGGCAUCCAGACUAGACUGAGACAAAGAAGCAUAUGAUGAAAGAAAAUGAGCUUUGAGCUCUUUACCUUAGCCAACUUAAUUCAUUCCCAUUGGCUUUAUCCUCAAUAUCAUUCUUUACAAGUCAAAGGGCAAGAAAGAAUAUUUCUUGGUUUAUACAGGUUCAUGAUGGAAAAAUGAAUCAAACCAGCCUAUGUCAUGCUAAUAUACCAGUUACAAAAACCAAGGGGAGGAAGUCUCUCUCCCUAUACUUCGUUGUAAAUGUGCCCACGGUACUUCAAGCUGUUUUUUUUUUUUUUUAAGUGUUAUGAAUAUUCAUUUGAGUCUUUCCUUUUUCAUUCCAUAUCUUCGCAACUACUUGUUAAAAUGUUUUCUCUCAAGGUUUCUAUUAUAUAGUGAGGGUGGGGAGUAAAGACCCUAAAACAAAAACAGCCAAAGCUGUUGCUCCCUUUUUACUCACCCUUAUUUGGACUAAGGACCUUUCUUUAAGAUGGGAGGGAAAUGCAAAAAUUUGCAAGCCCAAGUAAGAACUUGAGUCUCAGGUGAAUCUACAGCAAACCUAUAGGUGUAUACCUAAAUACAAAAAUGAAUAUAAAUCUAAAAAUGAAGAUAUCCAAAAGGGGGGAGGCAGGAAAUUACAUUAAAAUUGUUCUCAUUUUCUAAAUAUUACCUUUGUUAAUCCAUUGAAAUUAGGCCUUAACAGUUUUUAGAUUUUUUUAAUGAAAGAAAAUUUAAUGAAUAAGCCACUUUAUUCAUUACCAAAACAUUUACUAUUUUCUCCCAAAUCCUUUCCUUACAAAAAAUGGGCUAGAUCCUGUGGAAAAAAAAAAAAAAACUAUUAUAGAGUGUCUUACAACUUGCUAUGUGUAAUGUGUGUGUGGCUCUACUUUUCAUAGAAGAAAUGCAGAGGCAAUAAUGAGAGAUUGCAAUAAAAAUCCUAAAUAUUAAAUGGUGAAUUUGAAGUUAAUGGUUGUGUCUCCAUGAUAGUCCACAAGUAUUUUUGGAAAGGGGAGGGGGGAGCUGGAGAUGAAGUUAUAAAGUUUGUGAAGACACCCAAAAUUGUUUUCAUUAAAAAGGGGAGGAUUGAGACAGAUAAACAGGUUGGACUGGUUUUUCCCAUCCUACUUUAUCAACUAAUGACAUUCAGUGAAUGGCAGAUAAACCCCACCAGGACAGCAAGUUUGAAAAAAGAAUCCAUUAUGACUUAGUACCAAACCAAUACCCACAGAACAAAUUCCCAGGUACUGAGUUAAUCCAGAGGCCCCAGAUUUGAAAACAUGUAAAUGGUGCACCCUUGAAAAUAUGGGCUUACCUUAGAAAUUGUUACUUUCAAGAUAAUGGGUACUCCAAAGGCAGUACUUGAUAAGAAAAAAAAAAAAAAAACAAACAAAAAAAAAAACACAUUUGAUUCUGUCUCUGUGGAAAUGGAAUCAGUGUUUCUUUUGUUUUUUUAACUAUUAGGUGGCCAUGUUUCUGAGUCAGACUUCAACAAUGCAGGCAGAAAUUCUAUUUUUAUAUUAAUUUUAGGCAAGUCUUUUUAGCUUCCCAGAGUUCUCUGGAUAGCUUUCAUCAUCUUUUACUUUUUUUUUUAAUGGAAAAACGAAGCAGUAUUUACAAGAUAAUUUUAGGCAUCAUUGGUAGAUUUUUUUUCUUCAUUUCAUCAUUCUUGUCAAGAAAAGCAUUUUACCCAAUAGUCCUUUAUCAGAAAAGCAAUUGAGUAAUUCAUGUAUUCCUAUCUCCAACUUGUGACAAAAUCAGUAAGUGCUGAAAUUCAAAUGAAAUGUAGCCAUGAAAAGGCAAGAUGAAUUUUUUUUUUACAUUUCUUCUUACAUAUUUACUGUAGUAACCUCAGCUAAAAAAUUAGAAAUUCCUAAGAACUUGGAAUUCUUGGAAUUCUUGAUAUUAGAUAUCAAAUCUAGUAGAAGUACGCUGGUGAAUUUUAAGUUGUAGGUCUUUAAAUAAUUUCAUAGAGAGUAUAUUUAAUUUGAUAGAAUGAGCCAGAAUUCCAAUCCUCUAGCCAUUCUGUAUAAGAUCUGUUGUCAUAUAUGUCAAUCACAGGAACUGAAGUCAGGGACUAAAUUUAAGGAAAUGGAAGGUGAGGCAUGAAAUUCUGGUUUGGUUGGGGGAGAGAGGUGUUGACAUUUAAAAAUAUAAAUGUAAAAUUUUGAUAGCUCUCACUGAAACAAAACCAAUAAUCCUGUCGUUAUUUUAAUAAAAAAUUUAACAAUAUUUAACAACAACAAUAACAACAAAACAAACCAGUAUCAGAUCUGAUUAAAAGCACAAGGAUGUAUAUGUAAUUCAAAAGUGAUUAACAUAGGUGGCACAUUAUUUAAAUUGUAUACUAUCAGACAGAGAGUCAUUUUUAAGACGGAAAAACCAGUUUUAUCCUAAGAAUGUAAUUUAAAAGAUGCUCAUGAGCUUGGCAAUCCUUCAACAACCUAGAAAAACAAAGUUUAUCAUCUAAUUAAUGACAAUUUUUGUUUAAAUAGGAAGACACAGGGCAGUUAAAUGGCACAGUAGAUAGAGCACCUGUACUGCAGUCAAGGGUAUGGAAGUUCAAAUCCAGCCUUAGACACUUUACACUUCUUGGGUAAUCACUUAACCCAAAUUUUCUCACCCCACCCUCCCAAAAAAAGGAAUAAUAAAAUAAGAAGAUACCUGUAAAUGGGUUAAAGGAAGGUUCUCCAUCCCACUCUUUUCUUUAACAAUGUCCCCAUGCUUUAAUUUCCCAAGCAGGGUCUACGAGCUAUUCUCUUAGGGUCUUUAUAUCUCCUUCAAUAAGAUAGAUUCCUCCUGAAUGAGGGGACAUAUCUUCCUAUUAACCUAGAUUGAAGUUUAUGAUAUUUUACUGAGGCACAAAAAAGACUUCUGGUCAUAACUCUGAUUAGCAUUAUUAAAUUUGUCAUGCUCCUUCACAUCAAUACAAUGAAAAUCCAUUUCCUCCCCAUAAAAUGAGGAGGUUGGACCACAUGACCCCUAAGGUCUCUUCUGGAAAAACUUACACGCCAAGGUCUCUUACAACUUUGACAGUCUAUGGACUAUGAACAUGGUGCCAAAAGCCUCGAGUAGACAGAUUAGAAGGGGAAAUGACAUUGUUAGUAAUUAGAGAAGGCAUUUUCAAAUGAUUUUCCAAAUACAUUUGAAGGUCUGUUUAAAAAUGACCCAAGAAAGGCUGAAUUUCACAUUGCUCUCCCAAGUUACUGCCAAUCACAUAAUUGGACAAUUCUCCCACCAAGACCACUACUUUGUCAUUGUAGGGAGGUUGUUAAAAUUGAUUCCCAUGGUUGUUGUACUGGAGUUACUAACAGGCAAAGCUAAGAUAUUUGGGACCCUAUUUAGGAGGGGAGCGGUCACUGUGGUUUCCUAGCACUUUUAGAAGAAUCUAGAAAGUGUGUUAAUCCAAACAGUCAUGGCUUUAAGCAUCUAUUAGAAAAUGCAGGUGCAGAAAGCAGUUAGUAGAAAUGCCAAAUGCCUCGUGACCAGCUCAGUUGCCAGCCUCAUUUCCCAAAGACAAAGAGACUCACUUAGAGGAUUUUUCUUUGUAAACUAAACCAUGUAGUGGGAAGCUGACAGCUGGCACUGAGGUGAUUUCAUUUCUACAGGGUGAGAUUCAGUUCAGUUACCUAAUUCUUAAGUAUUUUCUGCCCCCAUCAAGAAUGAGUAGGACAAUGUCAUUUGGGUCCAAUGGGAGACAUGAUCCAAAAUUCUAAGAAAGCCAUCACACUGAGAUUCUGCUGGAUUGGGGUUGAGAUUGGAUAACUCAGCCUCAAAACUUCAAACUCAAUGUGCUGGUCCUUAAAUCACACUGCCAAAUGUUCCUUAUGCUUCAGCCUCUACUUGUCUGAAAACUAAUUCAUUCAGAUUGAUAGAGAGUCUUAAGAGUUUUUAAAGUUUUCAGGUGGGGGGGGUGGAGGUCAAGCUUGCAUAUUCCAGUGGCUUUGCUUACUUACUCUUAACUUUGGGUUCCAUUAAACUACUCCCAAUAAUCAACAUUUUAUUGUUUUAGUAUCAUACUCCAGCUUGAUCAGAUCUGAAAGGUUACUACCAUUUCACCAUUAUAUCCCUUUUCUAUUAUAUCCAUUGAUGUACUGAAAAAGUCAGUCUAUACCCUAGAAAAAGUGUAGAUUCCUUUAGCAAUCUCUUCAUUUGUCAUUUCAUCUAAAACUUUUCCCAUGACUACAGUUUCAGAUUCUCCCUUUGGAAGGGUUUGUAUAAUUCUAUGAGAAAAGAUAAGUACUAUUCUCCUUAGCCUGCAUGGUUGUGAGUUCCUACCAGGUCUGCAAUGAAAAUUAUGCCAAAUUCUGAGUUAGAGAGGUAAAGAUAUUUUUUCAUAGUGAUAACAGCUAUCAGCGUGUAAAUAUUUGAUUUUUUUAUUUUUGCUGAGGCAAUUUUAGUUAAGUGACUUGCCCAGGUCACAUAGAUAGGAAGUGUUAAGUGUCUGAGGUCAGAUUUGAACUUAAGUCCUCCCGAUUUCAGGACUGCUGCUCUAUCCACUGCACACCCUGGCUGCCCCAGUCAGUAAAUAUUUGAAGUAGGAUUUGAAUCCAGAUCUUUGGAUGGCAAGUUUAUCACACUGUCUACAAUAUCUGCCUUAUGGAUAUCUACUAUACUAUGCUAUUUAUAAUGACUAAUAAUCUUUAAAUAUUCACAUAACACCAGUAUAAAUCUGAUGGGAUAUUAGAAUGAUUUACUUGGCAGGACAAUAGGGGAUUGAUUCAAUAUAGUAAUUGAUAUCGUAUUCCCUAUCCCAAUAGGGGAUUGAUACAAUAAGGUAAGACUUCAUUGGGGAAAUAACAAUAAGCACUUUGACAUUUUUAAAUUUCCUGAUGGACAAAUUAAAAAAAGAAAUGUAUAAGCUCAAUCUCUCUGAAGGCUGUUGAGAUUGACCUGGUUUUCUUUUUUAUUUUCUCCUUUAUUUAGUGUGUAAAUGUCAUAUUGCAAUAGGACAUUAUCCUCUUGCCAAAUAUACAAAAGAAAAAUGGACCAGUUGGGAAAAAUUAAGAAAAUAAAAUGCUCUUGUUUAAGGGACCUGUCUUUUUUACACUAUUAAAAGAUAACUCAUAGGUAGGUUUCUUCUACCAAAAUCUUACUUUUCUAACUUUGACAAUACAAAGAAAGAAAGACUGCCACUGAGAAGAGACUUGAAGUUUUAGGAAUUUUUGUUUGUUUUUAGAAAUUUUUUUGUGAAAAAAACAACUCAUUAAUAGAUCCCAAAAGGGCUAUAAUAGUCACUAAAAGAUUAAUAACUCAUCUUUACUUAGCACUUUAAAGCUUUCUAACUGCUUUCCUUGCAAUAGUCCUAUGAAAUAAGUCUUGUAAGGAUGGUUAUCUCCUUUUUUAGUUAUAAGAAAAUGAAGCUCUGAAAAUUUAAAUGACUUGUCAAUGAGCACAUAGUUAGAAAGUGUUUCAGGUGGGAUUAAAACUCAAGUAUCCUUUUGCCAGUAGUCUAUUCAGUAUCCCACUUUCUUUAAGUGAAUCAAUCUCAGUUAUAGUAUCUCUGUCUUAGUAGAGGUACAGUUUUGGUGGGGGCUCAGGCCCAAUUACCCCUAGUACAAAGGGGAAGGUUGCUGCUACUUUUCAAAGUACAAUUAUCAUCUCUAAGGUCUAGGGAGGUAGUCCCAUUGGGCUUCAGCACUUCUCUCUGGACUGGAUUCAGUCCUAUUGGGUCAACAGCAUUUGAAAUCUUUAUUUUUGUUCUAGAAGAUGAAGUCCCCAGGACCCAUGCUGUCUUUUAAUUUCUGCAUUUUAAUUUUAAAAAUUGCCUCUAUUCACCCCCCCCGCCCCCAAAAAAGUAAUGUUACUAUUAUAAUGAUUUCCUAGUGCUAAAGAUCUAUUAUGCCAACAAGAAAGUUUGUGGUGAACAUGUGUGUAGGGAUAUAUACACAGAUAUAUAUCUGUGUAUAUAUACACAUAUUGUACAUAUAAAUCAACAAAAAUAUAUGGACAAUUUGUGAGUAUUUCUCAGUUAAUAAAAAUGGAUUUUGAGCGAGCUCUAUUUUGACAUUUGGCCACACAAAGGUCCCUUUUUAUUGGAACUGAAAACAGAUUCUAUAGCUAAAGGUACCCAGGGCCAUAUUGUCAUUUUUUUCUUCAUAUGUAAAAUGAAAACUGAAUUUUUUUUAGGAACUUUUCAACUCUAAAUUCUAUGAUUUCAUGGACCUCAGUCCCAAGUUAUUCAAGGCCAUAUUUUAAUUCCAUUCAUCAUUGUCCUGAGAUGAGCAGAGUCUUUGCUUAGGUCUUGGGCUACAAAACAAGAAAGAAAAGAGUCCCUGCUUCCAUUUUCACUGCAUCUGAGACUCUGUUCCACAAGAUCAGAAAUCAGGAUUGAAUCAUGCUAUUUGGUUACAUCUGGGAAGUAGAGAUAGGGAGUGAGGGUGGAGGAAGCAGUUAGUAAACCUGUACCAGCAUCUCCUUUCUAGUAUAGAAACAAAAAGAUUAAAGUGGAAAAGGAGGGAAGAAUGGAUAAUGCUAACAAUUAGAAAACCUAUUGGGUUUUUUUUUUCCCCAGCCUUACCCUUUAUUCUAGAAAUAGCUGCUUGUAAAAAAAAAAAAAAGAAGAAGAAGAAGAAUAUUCUCUCUUUUUGCCCCAAAUAAAGUGUUGCCCCCCUGUUGUAGGAAGAAAGAAACUACUCCUAAAGGGGUCAUAAAAUAUUUAAUUAAUGUGGGGUAGGUAGCAAUAGGACAGGUUUUGAAAGUAUAUUACAUUGGUAGUUAAAUGGUGCUCAUGGUGUUGAGUCCAAGAAAGGUAUUCAUACCCAUGUAAUGUGCUUUCACUGAAUUAUUUCUGGGACAAAAGGUGAAGAAGGAUGUAUCAUGUGCCUGUAACUACAAGGAUAAAGCUAGUAAUGUUUGUCCACUGCUUACUAGAUCAUUGCCUCUUAAACAAAAAAAAAAAAAAGCAGCAAAAGAUGAGUUUCGUCCCUAUCACAUAACACUACAAACAAUUCACGUAAAUCCAUAUUGUAUGUUAACAACAAAAAAAAAUUGUUCAUCUAAUUUGUAUCUAAGAUAGCAGUCUUGAGAAAUACUGAUUAAUCUCUGGAAAAUUAAUCAAAAUCCCAUGGAUCUACUGACCAGUUUUAGACUAACGACAAUAUAGCUAUUUACUAACGAAGUAACAAAGUCUUCAUUUUAGGGACUGUUCAGGCAAUAUUUUUGUCAAUUUCUCCAUAUAUGGUACUUUUUAGCAAUUUAAUUAUGCCACAGUGAAAUACUUUGUACACAUGAGAAGAAGCAAGACUUUUAUAUGGUUUCUACUAUCAAUCAGAAAUACUGGUUGUUUGUAUAUUACAUAUUGAAAAUAAGGUGUAUAUUAUUCAUCAGGCUUUUUUUUAACUUUUGAGAAUUUAUAUUGUAAUAAUGAUGUUUCCUCUACCCUGCAAACAAUGCUAUGUAAUUAAUGAAGUAGAUGUUAGUCAUAAAAGACUUAAUGUUGAUGCUUUUACACACUGCCUACGAACUUGUUUUUAACCAAGAAAAAACCAACCGAGCAACCUUAGAAUGGAGACAUCUCCAGGAUUCUGUGUAUUUUCCCUCAUGAGUAUUUUGAUUUCCUCUCCUCAUAUCCAGCAUUGAUGAAUAAAUUCACCAGGUGCAUUCUAAACAAAAGUCUUGAGUUAUAAUAAGAACUUUCAAUCCCACCCUCCUAUUCCUGCUGAAUGUGUUUGGGAAGUAUUCUCUCCCUCCAUGGUUUCCUCCAGCCUUUUGUCCUCCUGGCAGUUUCAGUAGAACUCAGGGAGAACUCUUGGUGGAAGGGAUUUCUUGUUGCAGGCCAAGUUGUGUUUUUUUUUUUUCCCUUCUUCCAGUGUUCAAAGGGAACAGAAGUCUCUUUGUAAUCCCACCACAAGUUCUGAAACCCAAAAGGGAUUCCCAUUCUGAGCUCCUGAUGAACAACAUCAGAUAGGGCCCACACAAUCAGCCAUUCACAAGAUGAAUGCUUUUUUUUUUUUUUUAAUGGGUUUGUGCUUAGAUUGUCCUUGUAAGAAAAUCCCCUUCAGUGGCACACAAGACACUAGGGAGGGUGAGCAUUAAUAAGGAAAGGCAAAAACAGCCAAAAAGCUUAUACAUCAAAGAAAUUGAUCAGAAGUCUCUGGCUCAAGAAGGGGAAAAUGGUCCCUUAUAAUGUGAAAUGGAGAAAAGUAAUUGAAACUUUUCUUCAGGUUUACGAAGAGAAGUCAAAUCAGUUCUCCUUUGAACAGGCAUUAAUUUUUAACCUGGUAAAUGGAGAAGAGUGACUUCCUACAUGGUGUGAACUAAGGAAGAAAUUCAGCUCCCUUUACUCACAUUAAUGACAAAAUGGCAAUGGGGCAAAGAUAGAAAUGUAAAUUCAUCCUCCUAUGAAAUGGGAGCAAAUCAACUUUCAGAAGGUCUGUUUCAUCAAGGUGUUAAUGGCACAGAAUUGAGCACUGGGGAAUGUGGUUCAUAAAAUGAACUAUGGAGAGAGGAAAUUACCUGAAAAUUUUUCUAGUAUAUUAGCAAUGCUUAACAUUUUUAUUUUAAUAAAAACUUGGGAAAAUAAAA